CGCGGGCCCUGGCCUUUCCCGGACCUGAGAGGUUCUCGGGCGCGCUCCUAGUCGGGUCUCCGGCCUGAUCCCGCCUCCUCUGCCCGGUCCGGCCCGCCUGCCCCGCGCGCUGCUCGCCUCCCGCAGACUCCAGGUUCGGGGACUGGGUCCCCCCGGGUCGGCCGCGGAGUUAUCGCCGACUGCCUGCGGAGAUGCCCGGGAAGAAGGCGCGUAAGAACGCGCAGCCUAGCCCGACGCGGGCCCCGGCAGAGGCUGAAAUUGAGUGUGCCCUUCAAUUAAGGAGAAUUGGAGACAAGCUGAGUUUCCUGCAGAAACUUCUGAAUCUGAUGUACAAACUCUUUGGCUCAGGAACCUGACUGCUUCAGAAGCCUUCUAAUGAGGCGACUCCUAUAAAGCUGGAUUUACCAUAUUUCAUCCAUUAGUGGUGAGAGACUGCAUUAUAAUGGAGAAGAAUGUGAAGAAGCUCUCACUUGCUUUGGGAUGUGCUUGGAAAUGAAGAUGGAAUACAUCACAAUGAAAUUCUGUUGGAGUUUUCCCAGAAGUCAUUUGUUUAUUUUAAAGCAAGAAUUGAAGAGCUUUGAAAAUAUGGAAUGAAUUAUUAAACUUCUUUGUUUCUGCUUAGAGAAUUUUUCUAGUAUUUUUUUGAAGGUUGAUGCCCAGCCUAGUGUAAGAAGAGUUGAUAAAUAACUAGAAUGUUUUGGCAGGGGCCAAAAGCAGAAUAUGUUCAGUGUUUAUUUCUACUUAGGGAUGACAAUUCCAGAACAAUGUAUAGUAUUUGUUUUAUAUAUGUUAUCUUGUUAAAAGUAAAUAUUUCAUUCUGAAAACA